AGUUUUAUCUCUUUCAUUGGAGUUUGCAAAGAGACUAACGAUCGCCCCGGAGAAAAUGGGGGAGAUAAAGUGUGUCGGAGUAGUGGGUGCUGGUCAGAUGGGUUCAGGAAUCGCGCAGCUCGCCGCCACGAACGGCCUCGACGUCUGGCUCAUGGACGCUGAUCGCGACGCGCUCUCUCGAGCCACCGCAGCUAUCUCCUCCUCCAUCAAUCGUCUCGUCUCCAAAAGCCUAAUCUCCAAGGAAGUAGGUGAUGAUGCUAUGCGUCGCCUACGUUUAACAUCAAACCUCCAAGAUUUGCGGUCUGCUGAUAUCAUCGUGGAAGCCAUUUUGGAGUCGGAAGAGAUUAAGAAGAAACUGUUCAAGGAUUUAGAUGGUAUAGCCAAGAGCUCUGCGAUUCUAGCUUCCAACACAAGUUCCAUCUCCAUUACUCGUCUUGCUUCCGCAACACAAAGACCUAGCCAGGUCAUUGGAAUGCACUUUAUGAACCCUCCUCCUAUAAUGAAACUGGUUGAGAUCAUUCGCGGCGCGGAUACCUCAGAGGAGACGUUUGUUGCUACAAAAUCUCUGGCUGAAAGGUUUGGCAAGACAACAGUGUGUUCACAGGACUACGCGGGCUUCAUCGUGAACCGGAUCCUCAUGCCGAUGAUCAACGAAGCGUUCCACACACUUUACACAGGGGUGGCUACUAAGGAAGACAUUGACAGCGGGAUGAAACACGGCACAAACCAGCCGAUGGGGCCUCUGGAGUUGGCGGAUUUAAUCGGUCUAGACGUGUGCUUGUCGAUAAUGAAAGUGUUGCACCAGGGGCUUGGGGACUCGAAAUACGCACCGUGUCCACUUCUUGUUCAGUACGUUGAUGCUGGAAGAUUAGGUAGGAAACGAGGAAUGGGUGUUUAUGACUACCGUAAGAAGCCUGUUACUCCAUCUCCUCGGCUUUGAUAAAGCAAAGCACAAAAUCUGUAAUAAAGAUGAUGAAGAUACAUUUGGCAACAGUAAAUGCUUUACUCGACUGUGUUUGGUUUCUUUCUUUUUUUCCUUUUUAUGUUUCUUGGUCAUCGCGUCCAGCAUACUCGAAUUUAGAUUGAAAGAAUAAUAAAGGGUUACCUAAAAUGAA